ACUCGACUUUCUACAUUGAUUUGAAACGUUUUUGACCCGUUUCGGCCGUCGGGAGUCACGAUUCGGGACUUAAAACCCCGGAGAAGAGACUCACCCCUGGGGCCAGUCUUCCUUCUGGUGAGCCUUCUGGUAACAGAGCCCCAAAAGAGCGACGUGAACGGUUCGCCAGAAGAUUUCUGGGAGUGUCGGUUCUCUCCUCCUCUGGGAUGAUUCCCCUUUGGGGAUUUUCUUUUAAUCCCGAGCCCGUUUGAAAAACGCCGAAUCCUACAACAAUGCGUUGUUAACACGAUUGAUAACUUUUAUAAAUCAAUCAUAACUGCCUAAAAUUAAACGCAAACACCCUAAUAAUAAAAAUAACACCCCUCAACAUGUGUGAAAUUUUCGAAAAAAUAACGAUUGUAACAAUUUAGACUCGACUCGCACCCGUGUACUCAAUUAUUAAAUUAAAAAUAUAAAGCUUAAACAGGCAAAAGAACACAAAAUCCCUUCCACCAUGUGAGCCACAACACAAGGGUACCAUCAAACCCUAUUAAGAUACAUAUUUUGUCACUUAAAAAAGUGAUACUUGCACCAAAAAAAAAUCAUAAACGAUAAAAAAGUGUUAACGACAGUGAGUGGUCAGUAUUCAACUCACUGAUAACAUAAAAGGUAAAAAGCAGCGCUUUUAUAAGGAAAUAGUCACUCAAUAAACCUGAGAAAGAUCGCUAAAAUGGGACUGUGCAUGUGUUCCAGGAGAAAUAUGACCAGAGAACGGAAUUAAAUUUUGAGAUUUCAUUAGGUUCAGGUGAUGAAGUAAUAGUCGUUUUUGAAAAUUUUGGUCUAUCCUUACAGUUUUGGUCUGUCAGUGGCAUUUCUGAAGUCAGACCAAACACUGAAUUUUAAAGAUAGUAGAUCUGAAUGAUCAGAAACGACUGGAUUGCAGACUGUAUCUCAUCUGAGGCAUAUUGAACAGAAGAUGUUUAUCAGCGUAAACUAGCCAUGGAGUAGUUACUCAUUAACAGUAAUAGGAUUUUUUUAUUUUAUUUUUUUAUUUUUGAGAUUUCCUCAUAGUGUCUGCGGGGUGACGAAUCACAAGUUGUGUCGUUUUUUAACAUUUCUGAAAUCAGACCACUGAAGAUGAGAUGCAGAAUUGUGAGGUUAGACAGUCCAAAUUGUUCAAAUACGACUAAACUGCAGAUUGUAUCUCUUCAGGGCAAACAGGACAGAACGGCACUGUUUGGUUCAAGAUAGUUAUUAUAAAGCACAACCAAUUAAUAAAAAAUAAUGCCAAUAAGGCAGAAAAAUGCCAGUUUGUCACCAAAAUAUUAAUGUGAUAAUGGGGAAAAGGGCCGCCAUGAUUGUGCUGAUAUGAUUUUUACAAGCGUUAAUUGCUGAGCAUUUUUCUCUCUUGAAAUGAAACAACUAAACCGUUAUCCUUCAUGAUGCCACACCAAUACGGAAUGGCUCUCAGCCUACAAAAUCCCGUUGAAAGAUACAUCUAUAGAAAUGACGAGCAGAGGCUCACGAGGGAAGCGAUGGAAAGAUACUUGAGGGAAAGGAGCGAUAUGGUCAUUGUGAUUCUUCAUGCUAAAGUUGCUCAAAAGUCUUACGGUAAUGAGAAACGGUUCUUUUGCCCUCCGCCCUGUAUAUAUCUUUAUGGCGAAGGAUGGCGCCUCAGGCAAGAACAGUUAUUGAGAGAAGGAGACUCGGAACAUGCUGCUCAGCUCUGUGCAUUUAUCGGUAUAGGCAACUCAGAUCAAGACAUGCAGCAAUUAGAUUUAAACAAUGGAAAACAGUACUGUGCAGCUAAAACACUUUAUAUUUCCGAUUCAGAUAAAAGAAAACAUUUUAUGCUUUCAGUGAAAAUGUUCUAUGGCAGUGGUCAUGACAUCGGUGUUUUUCAAAGCAAAAGGAUUAAAGUAAUAUCAAAACCGUCCAAGAAAAAACAGUCUUUGAAAAACGCUGAUUUGUGUAUUGCCAGUGGAACAAAAGUGGCUCUUUUUAAUAGACUCAGAUCUCAAACUGUCAGUACAAGAUAUUUACAUGUGGAAAACGGCAAUUUCCAUGCGAGUUCCACGCAGUGGGGUGCUUUUACUAUUCAUUUACUGGACGAUGAUGAAAGUGAGAGUGAAGAAUUUAGUGUUAGAGAAGGAUAUGUUCAUUAUGGUAGUACUGUAAAAUUAGUGUGUUCUGUGACUGGGAUGGCACUACCUCGCCUCAUAAUACGUAAAGUGGAUAAACAGAUGGCUUUGUUAGAAGCGGACGAUCCGGUUUCUCAACUACACAAGUGUGCAUUUUAUAUGAAGGACACAGAACGCAUGUAUUUAUGUUUAUCACAAGAAAGAAUCAUUCAAUUUCAAGCCACUCCAUGUCCCAAAGAGCCAAAUAAGGAGAUGAUAAACGAUGGGGCUUGCUGGACUAUAAUAAGCACAGAUAAAGCUGAAUACCAAUUUUAUGAAGGAAUGGGGCCUGUUAGAACUCCAGUCACUCCAGUGCCGAUAGUCCACAGCCUGCAUUUAAACGGUGGUGGUGAUGUGGCCAUGUUGGAACUCUCUGGGGAAAACUUCACUCCAAAUUUACAAGUGUGGUUUGGAGAUGUCGAAGCGGAAACAAUGUAUAGAUGUCAAGAAAGUAUGCUGUGUGUAGUGCCAGACAUUUCAUCAUUCCGUGGUGAAUGGUUGUGGGUAAGACAGCCCACACAAGUUCCAGUGUCUCUAGUCCGAAAUGAUGGCAUUAUAUAUGCAACCGGCCUAACUUUUACUUACACCCCAGAACCUGGACCCAGGCCCCACUGCCCUCCGGCAGAAGAUAUAAUGAGGCACAAUACAUCACACCAAGACAGGCUUCCAGCAAUUCCAGAUGUCCCAUGGAAUCAAGCGCAGGGAAUAUAAACAAAGAAGUAAAUUUAUCUAUUUACCAUCAUGAAGCCAUUUCUAUCUGUGAUUACUACACAGAGUUUAUUAUUAUUUUUUAAUCCGUGCCAUUCCUCUCCAUUUUAUUUUCUAUCUAUUACUCCUAUUCAUUAGAAAAAUACAAUAUAAUCUCUCUAGUUUUAUAUUUCAUUGGUUUUUGUAAGGGUAUUUUUCAAUCCUAUUUAUUUUCAUACAUUUUGGAAAUCACAAUUUUUAAAUAUCGAAUUAUUUAAGAGUUAUUAAAAUUAGAAAAUAUAAAAUGCAUCUCAUGUUUUUUUAGGAUAUAUUUCUUCUUAGCGAGAUUACCAUGAAAAAUGGUGGAUAGAAAAUGAUGUAGAAUCAGAGAUUGUAUUGUUUUUUGUUUCAAUAAAGAUUCUCAUGAUUUUCAUUGUUCAGCUAAAUUAAAGUUGUUUUGAAAGAAAUUGUUUUCUAGAGAAGUUUAUAAAAUGGGCAAUAGGAUGUAAAAACCGAAUAAGUAGUUUUUUUUAAAUAUUAGUAUAAUCUUUUAAUAAAAGCUAUUAUUAUCCUGUCCAUUCGGGGUUACUAGUAGUUACCAUAAUUAUUGCUUGAGAUAUGUAAUGAAAAUUGAAAAUGCAAAAAAAAAAAAAAACACGCUGAGAGAUAUUUUUAUAGUUAUUACAUAUUUAUGUUUGUAUAAUUCAAAAAUUAAUUUAGUUAAAACAUCGUUUUGAAUAAAUAUUCAAGGUCAAAUAUUGGUUCUUAAUAGUAAAAAAUGAAUAAUUAACGUUUGAUGUAAAUUAUUACAUAUAAAUAUUCAUUCCCAUGCCUUCAUGCAAACUAUAGUUUAAAUACUAAAGUAGACUGUUAUACUUUUUUUUUUUUUCGUUUAUGCAAACCAACAUAUUCAUUUAACUUACUUAUACUUAUAGAUGUCAUCUUAAAAAUCAGUAAAAAGCUGAACUUUGGAAAUGAA